UUUCUCGUGUUUUUUCUAUUUUUUUUUGUUUGAAAUUUUUUCUUUUGUCUCGUGAUUUUUAAUCUGUUUAACGAUUAAAAAUGGCUGAUUUAAUUGUCAAAUCCAAUCUAAGUGGUAAAAAGUUUGAUAAAGCUGAAGAUGUUACCGAUUUGGUCGAACAAAUUCGUAAUAAUAAUGAUCAAAUUGGUACUUUGCAAUUGGAUGGUAAUUCAUAUGGUAUUGAACCGUUGAAAGAAAUUGGUCAAUCACUUCAAACAUGCCAUAAUCUUCGUCACUUAUUCCUGAAUGAUAUGUUUACCAGCAGAUUAAAAGAUGAAAUACCUAAAGCAUUAUAUUAUCUAUUGGUCGGUUUACAAUCAAGUCGUGCCGAAAUCGUAACAUUGAAUCUUAAUGACAAUGCAAUCGGUCCAGUAACGAUGCCAACAUUAUUACCAUUUCUUCGUAGUGAACAAUUCAUAUCAUUGCGUCAGCUUUAUCUAAAUAAUUGUGGACUAGGUAUCAAAGGUGGAACAAUGUUGGCUACGGUUCUUUCUGGAUUUGAAAAUUUGUCCGAAUUAGUCAUCGGAAGAAAUCGUUUAGAGAUUGAUGGAAUAGUUGAAAUCAGUUCGGCAUUAUCAAAAUUGACUACAUUGGAACGUUUGGAACUGCCGCAAAAUGGUACGAAAGAAGAAGGAAUAAUUCAUUUGUGUGAAGCGUUAAAACAAAAUCGUAAUUUGAAAGUUCUCAACCUAAAUGAUAAUGUUCUCACAACAACAGCUGAAAAUUUAGCUUCUGCAUUGAUAACAUUGAACAAACUUGAAGUAUUGAAUCUAGGUGAUUGUUUGCUUAAAACCGAAGGAGCUAUAAUCAUUUUAUCAGCUUUAGAUUCACUAUAUCGUGAUAAAUGGUGUUCGAGAAUUCGAGAGAUCAAUAUUAGUGGAAAUGAAAUUGGAUCUGAUGCAAAAGAAAUUAUUAUCGCAACUGUCGAAACAAUAUUGGAAACAAGAGAAAAUGAUGAAAUAAAGCUCAAACUUGAUCUUAGUGCCAAUAACUUCGGUGAAGAAACUGUUGAUGAAUUGAAAAAUCAUUUUGGUUCUGUCAUCGAUUUGAUCAUUGAUGAUGAUCAAGGUUCAGAAGAUGAACAAGAACAAACUAUUGGUGAUGAUGACAGCAAAUUAGAAGAUUCAAAUCUAUCAAUUGAUAAUAAAACUUCUGCAAACGAUGAGCUUGAUGACAAUUUAUUGGCUGAUCCGGAAGCAUUACAAAAAUAUCUUGAUACACAGUACACAGAUCUUGAAUCAUUAUGUAAAAGAUUUUUUGCUGUAUCGACUAAUGGUUUCAACAAAACAGAAAAAUCAUUAAAUAAAAAUACUACUAUAGAAAUUGAUGCCCUCAUCAAAUUUGGGAGAAAAAAAUUUCUAAAAAAUGAAUCGGAUUUUAAUCUACUCAAUACUUUACUAGCUAUUUGUGGUUUAUUAAAAGCUGAAGAUCGUUCUAAAUCACCACGUAAAGAUGCUGAUCUAAGUGGACCAAUAUUAGCAUUGGCACGUGUUGCUAAAGAAUUUGGCGAUGAUUUCAAUCAAAAACGUUGCAUCAAAGAUUUAUUGCUGGAAAAAGUUAAAGAAAAUCGUUAUCAAACACUUCAAAAUGAAAUUUAUUCACUAAUUUACAGUUUUUGAUACAAGAAAAAAGAAUUGAUAAAAAAUAUAUAAAUGA